GCGGGAACGGGAGCGGGGCCGGGAGCGGGGCCGGGAUGGCGCUGGACGCGCGGCGCCUGGAGGCGCUGAGCCUUCAGGAGCUCAGCGCGCUGCUGGACGACGAGAAGCAGCUCCAGGACAUGGCCCGCGAGAUGGAAGAGGCCCAAAAUGUUCAGCACAGCAAGGACAUGACUCUUGCCAGCAACCGCAGUCUGGCAGAAGGAAAUCUCCUGUACCAGCCAAAGUUGGAGUCUCUGAAAUCAAAUUUGACUGAGAAAUACCAAGAGCUGCAAGUUCUUUUUGAAGCAUACCAGAUAAAGAAAACAAAACUAGACAGACAAUCCAGCAAUGCUUCCCUGGAGACCCUGCUGGCACUGCUGCAGACCGAGGGGGCGAAGAUUGAGGAGGACACAGAGAACAUGGCAGAAAAGUUCCUUGAUGGUGAAAUACCACUGGAUUCCUUCAUCGACGAGUACCAGAGCAAGCGGAAACUGGCUCACCUGCGCCGGGUGAAGAUCGAGAAGCUGCAGGAAAUGGUGCUGAAGGGACAGAGACUUCCUCAGGCUCAGCCGCCUGCGCAGCCGAGACCACCCGAGCCCGCAGCAGCCCCUGCAGAUCCCUACAAGGCGGAUGCAAACCCUCCUCCCUCGGUGGUGCCCCGGCGGAUCCCACCCCCGCCGCCUCCCUCGGGCCCGGCAGGACGAUUCCCCACUCCCUUCACUGCAGCCAUGAGUUCAGGACCAGCUCUUUCUUACCCAGGUGCUCCGUACCCUCCUCUCCCGCCUCGGCCGGGAGCAGCUCAGCCCACGAGUCAACCAGCACAGCCAGGAUACCCAGCUCAGUUUGUACCACCCUACCCUCCUCCUCUUCCCCAAAGACCACCUCGCCUUCCACCACAUCCUGGCUUUAUCCUCCAGUAAAUAUUUGGGUGCGCCUGACUUAUGUAUUGGUGCUUAUAUUUCCUUUUCCCCCAUCAGAGACUUGCUGUGGGCAGUGGGAAGCCUCUGUUCUUUGCACAAUGGAGCACAAAGGCCGAGCUGUGGCACAGAGGUUUGCAAUUGCUUUGCUAAAUGUGGUGAUGUUUGUUUGCAAAGGUCAGUGAGGACAAGUGUUUCCCAGGAAGGUGAUAAGGUCUAAAUUCUGUAAAUCCAUCAAAUUGGGAAGGCACCGGCUGUGGGUUUGCUGAUGUUACGAACCGAGUCACGCUCUGAAUUCCUUAGUGAUGGUAAAUCAGCAUCCUCCUGUGUUCUGAUGUAUUCCCCUGGCAGCUGGAUGUGUGUGUGGCAAACAGGGAGCUGGUUGUCUCUCUGAGGAAUUCUGUGUCCGUGACAGUGUUGGGAUGGUAACAACCAUAUCUGACUGCUGGGGUGUGCACAGGACCCCCCUCAGCAUCCUUUUGCAUCCAGGGCCAGGUGCACGACGUUUUCAGAGCUCACUGAGCUGAAGCUCCUGUCAGAACACCUUGUGGGGUUUUAGAUGGGGAAAAGGACAAGAGUUUCAUUUUUGCAUUUCAGUUGUUACCUUAGUGUGUAAUCAAAGUAGGCACUACUCCCACUCCUAAGUAGCUUGAUACCCUCAAAGUCCUGGUCUCUUGAAAUGAAACUAAACUGUUUGUAGAGCCAGUUUAGGGUUUUAUAGACACUUUACCAGGCAGUUUUAUUUCCUUGACUAUUAAGACUCUUUCUAAUGGUUGUUUUUUUUCUCCUUUUCCACACCUUGGAUACAGGAAUGAUUUUUUUACACAGGUGCUUAGCUUUUGAUACCAUGUGAUUCCAGGAAUCUAGGCAGGGUAUUUUCUUAAUCAUAUACUGGAUUUUCACAUGUAAUUGCCCACUUGAAUUUCCACAAUUUCUUUUUAUCCCUUAACUCUGUCUCUCGCUUGGGAGAACUAUUUUUAACUUUCCCAUUUCAUUUAGUUAUGCAGUUUGGGGCAUGUGUAUCUAUCUGGAAUUUGCAGUUAAUGUUUCUCUGCAAGUAGGCAAAAAA